AUGAGGGAUGAGCUCCAUACCCGGCCUCGCACGGCAGGCCGAAUGGCCGAGGCGGCCCCGCACUUGGGAAACUUCUCUGAUGAGUCACUUGAUACCAGUAGUGAGGACGACGAUGAUGACGACGACGACGAGUCUGAUGAGGAUGAGAGUAGCGACGUCUCGGAUCCCUCAGACAAAGAAUCCGAGGCUGAUGACGAAGCUUCGCUGAGAAGGGGCAAGAAAGCACGGGAAUAUCUGUCGGGGACGUCUGAGGAUGAUGAUGACGAUGAUGAUUAUGAUUAUGAAGUUGAUGAAGUUGAUGAUGAAGAAGACGAGGUACCUGUUCCGAAAAAGGCCAGGAAGUCAGUCGAGGAUCACUCGACCCCUAGAGCGAUUGAGCCCUCCUCCCCCAGACGUCGUAGGAAUGCCUCGUCUCCUCCCAGAGUCCCGUCGUCGCGAGCGUCGACCGCUGCGGCGGCGGAGCUCAUGUCGGAGAUUUCACCAAAGAAAUCUGCUAAGAAACGUGAUGCCGCUCGUCAAGAGGCCCGCCACGAGGCCCGCCAUGAUGCCCGUCAUGAGACUCACAGGAAGGCCAAAAUGGCAAAGUCGAGCCGGGGAAGUCUGCAGUCCUCCAACCGCCAGUCUAGCGUCAUGCUUUCCAGUACUAGCCAGCCAAUGACCCCAGAUAGCAGAAGGGAAAGGCCACGUAAAAGGGAGAAACACAGAGAGGAGAAGCCUGUCAAGAAAUCCUCUGCGUCGCGUGAGCCGCGAGAUCACCAUGAGCACGACAAGCCGGUAAGACGCCAGCGGCGAAGAACCAACGAAGAGGAUGACUACCGCCACCACGGCCAUGAUGAGGACGCCAUGCCACAAAGAUUCAUGGACAUGACACUUCAUGAAGAACCAUCUGAUAUGGAAGACGACGAUGACGAGGCUGUGGGGCCAGGGAUGGAAGUUGGACUCGGCAUCUCUCCUACUAGCCGGCACAGGAAAGAGCAGCACAAGAAGCGCAGCAAAGGGAAAUACAGAAGUCAACAGUCGACUUCCAUGCAGCCGCCGCCACCGCCUGCUCCAGAGCCGCCAAGGAGAAAGUCGGUUGAUGUGUUUGAUCAAGAGCCCGCAACAUUCCAGCGAGCCGACACUUUCCCAUCUCCCCAAUCAAAGUCAUAUGAAUCAAAGUCAUACGAAAGAGGGCCCUAUGUCACAGAGGUCCCUAGGGCCCGAGGCUCCAGAGGGGGCUCUAUGGAGAGACGCCUUGCUGAUCGGUUCUCUGAGAACCGGCAAGGCAUGCCUCCCCGACCAGACAUCCCACUCGCACCGACCGUGCCCAUGUCUCCGAUGAUGCCUGGGGCCCCUCCUCACUCACAGAUGCCAGGGGCACCGUUCGGUGCCCCUCACAUGGGGAUGCCGAUGAGAGGUCCUGGUAAUGUGCCACCGCCCAUGAUGAUGCCUCACAUGGCACCUCAGGCGCCAUACAGCACUGCUGCUUAUGGCCACUCAUACGGAGCCGUUCCAGCGUCGUCAAGAGAGCACAUGCAUACCUAUGAACCGGAGCACAGGCACCGGCACGAGUACGAUGAUGUCCCCAGAUCAUCAUCCCAGAUGGCAGGGCUCGACGGAACCGGGGCCGGAAUGGACCGUGUUGAUGAGUGGCGGCGCUUCGUUGAGACAGGAGGAGGGCAGGAUGAGCUUCGCACAUGCUGA